GUACUGCGGCCUGGCGCUGGGCUAAACUGGGCGCAGAUUACCUGCGGCCGGCGCGCGCUCCCGGUCUCACGGGGAGCGAGGCGCGUGCGCUAUGGAACAGCGGUUAGCCGAGUUCCGGGCGGCCCGAAAACGGGCCGGGCUGACGGCCGAAUCCAGCACUUCGAGUCAGAGAGCACAAACCUCGGGAAAGAAGGCGGAAGCAACUGCGGAUUCAAAGUCAGCCCUGGGCUGGCUAAAACUGUUCCUGGUGUGGAAAUGGAGGCCCGCGAGGACCCAGGUCCAGCCCAGGCUCGCUCAGGAAGCCGCUCAGCCAGGGAGCAGCACAUCACAGCCCCCACAAAGAACAGCCAUUCCCCCGCCAUUGCCACGGGACCAGUCCUUCCUGACCAGCAUCAUCUUCUUAAAGGUUCUUCUCUGGUUGGUCCUGCUGGGAUUGUUUGUGGAACUGGAAUUUGGUCUGGCUUAUUUUGUCCUGUCCUUGUUCUACUGGAUGUAUGUCGGAACACGAGGCCCUGGGGAGAAGAAGGAGGGAGAGAAGAGCGCCUACUCUGUGUUCAACCCAGGCUGCGAAGCCAUCCAGGGCACCCUGACUGCGGAGCAGUUUGAGCGCGAGUUACAGCUUAGACCCCUGGAGGGGAGAUAGGACCAGCUGUGCCGUCAUCAACUAGCCUCUGGCAACAGGGCCGUCCUAACACAUGGCUGUGGACUCAUGAGUUUGUUCAGGUGUCCCAGAUUAAGAACAAUUUUCAAGUUAGUUCUGUGACCAUGCAGUUCUACCUGCUUUCCUUCAUCUUCUGCUGCAGUUUUCUCUUUGAACUUCUCUUUGGUUUUGGUGAAACUCCCUGAAAUACACUCACUGUAGGUCUGAUGCAAUUUAUAAAAAUUAAAUACUGAUAAAGGAAGCUUGUUUGUCUUGUUAUUUUUGAGAGAGAUGAUUUUAAAGCACUAGAAAGGCACUGGAGAGAUAACUGUAGAAUAUCCAGUUGUUUGUUUUAAUGGUCAGGCCCAUCAGGACUGUGCAUUAAGUGUUCACUUUAAGUGUUUUCAUAGUUACAGCCUUUUAUUUCCUGAAAGGUUUAAGUUGCAAGUUUUGGUUUUGAGAGUUUGUUUUUUUCUUCCUGUUUUGUUUUGCUUUUUUUUUUUUUUUUUUGUCAUUAGUGGUAUUAAAAAAUAAAAUAUCUUUAAAACAGCUACUGUGUGGCUCAGUUGGUUGGGUGUC